UAUUCACUUCAUUGUCUCAUUGAGUUAACUGGAAUAGAUCCUUUAAUACUAAUUUACAUCAACAGAUCACCUCCUCUUCUAUCAAUAAACUCCAGCUCUACUGCUGCUGCUGCUACUAACAGACAGUUUGACAAUGAACAUCAAAAUGUCAUUUUAAAGAAUGAUGCAGUAUCUUUAAUUUCAAGUUCAUCCAUAAACAUUAAAGCAUCACACCAUAGACUUGCAAUUAAAAAUUUAAAUGAAGUAUUAAAUGAUUUGAAGAGUGGAGGGUUUUCUGAUGAAAGUUAUUUUGGCGUUAGUCUGGAAUCAGGUUUGCAUCAUCGGACACUGAAUACUAUCAAAUCGGACAACACAAAAUCGGAAGACCAACUUAGGGAGUGUAUUUCAAAAUGGUUGAUGAGAUUAGAUGAUGUUAAUAAACGUGGAGGAGCAAACUGGACAAUGUUAUGCAAUGCAGUAGAAAAGAUGAACCAAGCAGCAGCUGAUUCUAUUAGAGCUAAACACAAUAUAUUUGCCUCACAACCGAUUGAACAGAGCUAUCCUCAAAAUUAUGUUGAACCAGACACACAGACUACAGAUUUUAGCUAUAUAUACACUGUGCAUUUCAGUCUCUCUAUUCAUGACCACCAACCAUUCCAUAUCACUUGUGCUCAUCCUCUUCCACUAAUUCAUACACUCAAUACUGGACACUGGCAGACUGGUCUGUUGACAGAGACAUGCAGUGGUUGUCAUGGCUUACUCCUCCUCCAAAAUUACCAGCUCCUUACUAUAUUACAAUGCCUCCCCUCCUUAGUAUCUCUCUGCAAUUAGUUAAUACUAUUGAAGACCUUAACCAUAUCAAGUUAUGGUAUACUGUUACCGUUCUUAUGGGGUACCCAAUGUAUGCUUCUUUUCAUCAAAGAGGGUAAGUCAUGUUACUUCUCAUGAUGUCAUUCCAUUCUUUCUCUCUUGAUCCUCUCU